AUGUCUCAUGAACGAAAAACGCCUUAUGAUAGAAAAAAGAACGAUGAAUCUUCAACAUGGAGUAGAACCCCUAAAACCAGACAACAAAAAAAAGAUGAGAGAUUAACUAAGGACUUUGUAAUUAAAGAAUUUGUUAGUUAUUUGAAAUAUCUCGGUAGAGAAAAAAAAAGGGCACCAUACGAAGACAAAUAUUUUUACGAUAAUGUAAUUGAUUGUUACGAUCGUUGGAAACAAGAAAUCGAAAAGUUGUCUGAGAAUGAUCCUUUAAUCUUUAAAAAAAUUUUUAUAAAUUUCCAACGCGAAAGAAAAGAAAAUAAUGAAAAAAUUGAAAGGCUACGUGUAGGAAAAAAACAACUUAUAGAUGAAGUCAGCAUUAAAAAAGAAUUAGAAGAUCAGAUCGAACAGAAGAACGUGAUAAAAAAGGAACAGAACUCCGAUAUAAAAGGCAUAUAUAUCCAAGAAUAUCACGACCUUGAAAGAGAAAACAACGAAUUAAAGAAGAAAAUAGAGACCUUAGAGAUCGAACUUGAACGCUCAAAUUUUAAUACACAAUAUUACGACCUUAAAAGAGAAAACAACGAAUUAAAGAAAAAACUAGAAACCUUAGAGAUCGAUCUCGAACGCUCGCAAAGAAUAAAUGGUCGGAUUAUAUCGAAUUUUAAUACACAAUAUGAAAAUCUUCGCAUUAUGACAACACCCGUAUUUGAAAGAGCAAACAUGGCACUUUAUUUUUAUGAAGACGAAAACAAUGAUAAUUAA